CCGACCCGACCUGAUACCUGGAAAUAUCGACCUAGGGCCUGGAGAGAGCCUUCCUUUCCUCGAUCUCCUCCACUUCCAAAACAUACGAUAACCACCCUCCGUCGGUAACGACAACCUCGUGCGGCGACCCUCUCCGGCGCCUUGGACUUUCCUUUCCGCACCUCCACCUCCCACUCCACCGUUCACUUCCACCUCUGCGGCUCCUGCAGCCAUCCCCAUCGCCGGCGACGAUCUCCUUCGGCUCCAUCAAGAGAAGUUCAAUAUGGCCACCCUUCGAAAUCUGAAAAUCAAGACAGCUACUUGCAAGCGCAUCCUUAAGGAGCUUCAUUCUUAUGAGAAAGAGGUUGAGAAAGAAGCUGCAAAAACUGCAGACAUGAAGGAUAAAGGAGCUGACCCUUAUGAUCUUAAGCAGCAGGAGAAUGUGUUGGCAGAGUCAAGGAUGAUGGUUCCCGAUUGCCGCAAACGGCUGGAAGCUGCACUUGCAGACCUAAAAGGAACAUUGGCUGAGUUGAAGGAGUCGAACCAGCAAGGCAUUGAAAUUGAGGAAACUGAUGGUAUCAUUACAGAAGUUGAGGCGUUAUUUCAGACAGAAGAGGAUUAGAAGUUAAAAAUGAAAUGAAAAUGUUGUGAUAUUUGAUGUUCUGGUAUAUGGUCUGCUCCAUAUGUACUUGAAGUUUGUAGUGUUAUUGUGAAUGCUGGUUAUGUUGGCUGCUGCAUCUUUAUAGUUAUCCAAUUUUACCAAGAAUAUGUUAGUAACUUAUGAAAUUUUUUAUGUCAGCUUCACAUUAUAUUCGCCUC